AUCUCAGGAAAAGAGUCAUUGUUUCUCUGCUUGAGUAGAUAAUGGCGACUUCUUCACUCUUCUCUUCCUCUUACCUUCGGAAUGAGCAGUUUCCUGGUUAUAAUCAUUUGACUGGUAUAAAGAUCAUCAACCCCCAAUUUGAUGCACGCCAUCGAAUAGUAUAUGAUGUGAAUUCAGAGUGUAUUAAUACAUCAAAAAUUAUGAGCUCGGAGAAAUGGCCUUUAAGGUGGCACAGAACUCUGAAAACUAAGGCCCUCACUCUUCCUGUUUCACCUCUAAAGCACAUAGAAAGGUGUAGAACAUCAAAUGAAGAUUUGAGUACCUCCAUAACUUACAUGUCUGAUUUGGAGCAACAGCUAGAAGAGUUGUUUUCUACAGUGAAAAAGAUGAUAAGGGAGGGGAAUAGAGAUGCAGCCUUAAAACUUGUUGAGGCAAACUAUGGAGCAUUGAAAGAGCAGCUAGAUGCUGGGCAGAAAGGUGUGGAGCAAGCUGCUAUUCUUGAUGUCUUAGCUUUGUCUUAUACACACAUAUGUGAUUUCAAGUCAGCAAGUUGUUUACUUGAGGAGUUAAAGGAAAUAUUGAGAACAAUUGAGAACCAUGAACCCUAUGUUGAUUCCAUAUUAACACAUAUGGGAAGUAUGUAUACAACUUUGGAGAUGUUCGAGGAGGCAUCGAUUGCAUAUGAAAGGGGCAUUUCAAUUCAAGAGACUAUGAUUGGAAAACACAGUCCACUCCUUGUCACAUCACUUCUGGGGAUUGCCAAGGCUUAUUAUUCUUUAGGAAAAGCUGCAAAAGCAAUUGAAACCUAUUGCCGGGUUAUCAGUAUAUUGGAAGGAAGCAAAGGUGUUGAAAGUGUGGAUCUUGUCAACCCCUUACUUGCUCUCGGCAAUAUUUUCAUCAAGGAAGGCAAGGCUGUUGAUGCAGAAGUUUCUUUUAAAAGAAUUUUGAGCAUAUAUACAAAAUCAUAUGGAGAAGAUGAUGGAAGAGUAGGAAUGGCCAUGUGUUCCUUAGCUCAUGCAGCGUGUGCUAAAGGCAAUGUUGAUGAAGCUAUUAAGUUAUAUCAAGAAGGCCUUCGUUCCAUCAAGGACUCUGGGUACAUGUCCUUAGAUGACACUGUUUUCGAGAAAAUGAGGCUAGACUUGGCUGAGUUGCUCCAUGUUGCAGGAAGAGAUCAAGAAGGUCGAGAGCUGAUUGAGGAGUGCUUGGUGAUCACUGAGAAAUACAAAGGCCCCAACCACCCAAGUUCAGCAACCCACUUCGUGAACUUGGCCAUCUCGUACUCUCGCUCUAAAAAUUUUGGAGAGGCAGAGCGCUUGUUGAGAAAGAGUUUAGAGAUCUUAUCAGACAACACAAAUCCUGAUGACCCAUCCACUGCAGUUCCAAUGUUACACCUUGCAGUCACACUCUAUAAAUUGAAACGCGAUGAAGAAGCAGAGAAUCUUGCUCUUGAGGUCGUGCGAAUACGUGAGAAAGCUUUUGGGAGGCAAUCAGCUCCCGUUGGGGAGGCACUCGAUUGCUUGGUCUCUAUACAGACCAGAUUAGGGAAAGAUGAAGAACUGUUGCCCCUGCUUUGGAGGGUAUUAGAGAUUCAAGAGGAGGAGAUGGGUCCGGAGAGUGAAGAAGUGGUAACUACUCUAAAGAAGCUUGUGUUUUUCCUCAACAAAUUGGGGAGGAAGACAGAUAUAAUACCUCUAAAGCAAAGACUGUCAAAAUUGAGAACCAAGUACAGGGAUUGCAUUCCGACUUAAUUUAUAUUUUAGUUGUUAAAUUGUUAGCAAGUGCUUAGCCCAGCCUUGGUAACUAAAAAUUAUGCCCACAGAUAUUCUAUUCCCACGGAGUAGAAUGAAGUUUUACUCCCUCCAGUAAAACCGCACCUAGAAUUAAUUUAAAGACCUUAAAUUUGGGGGAUGAACCUCUUCAACUUAAAAAUUAACCUCAAUAGAAAUUUUUCCUAAUUGUACCCCUCAAUGUCCUCAAUGUACUUGGAGGAAAAAAAA